AUGAAGUUGGAGAACACGUACAGGUUAGAACCCAAGGAUACAAAUAAAUUCCAAACAGAACAAGUCGAGGGGUUAUUGAAAGAUAUUUUGGAAUCGAGAUUUGAGAAUAUGGAAUAUGAUGCAACCAAAUGUGCCGCAUUGUCCAAGGAUUUGAGUAAAUUCAUCCAUACUCGUGUACGGUGCCUCGGUUUCCCGCGCUAUAAGUAUAUAAUCCACGUGACAAUCAUACAGAAUAAGGGACAGAGCCUGCAGAUAUCGAGUCGGUAUUUAUGGAACGCGGAUCACGAUCGCUACGCCACCUACACAUUCAAUAAUGCUAAUUUGAUAGUCACUGCGCAGGUCUAUGCUGUAUAUUUUGAAUAG